AUGAAUAAUUCAGUAUACAACAACAAUAACCGACUGUUUUCAGCGUCUAUUGUAUCUACCUUUUUGAAAGGCUCAACGCUGUUGGAUCCUAAUCGGUCAGAUACAAAUGCUAAUCCUCAAUCGAGCUUAUCAAUCUACAAUGCAUUCACAGGUGUGAAAGUGACUGCUCCAUUCGAUAUCUUUAAUAAUAUGGACUCUUUCAAGGUCUACAUUGCUCAGGUUCUAAAGAUUGACAUAGAGCGAUUGUUUCUAUUGACACCUUUUGGGAUAAAGCUAAAGUUCUCCAUGAUUGUUCAUGAGCAAAUAAAUGAGGUUUUUGCCUUCGAUAGAAAAUUCUUCAAUCCAAUGCUGGUGAGAGCUGACCGAAAAGAUGCUAUAAUAAACGAGUUGUUGUCCACUAUUGUUAAUGAUGAACUGAUAUUCAUGAUUAAGCCUCGUGAACCACCCAUUUUGAACGCAAACAUGGACAGUUUCAUUAAGGCUAUAGAGGCGUUGACUUACGAUUCCGAAGAAAUUAGGAUUAACUCUUCUGAUUUAGACUUUGAUAGCUUGAGGCUUCUGUUGAAUUUGCUUAAAAGGAACUCAGGCUGGGCAUCUGCUCUUCUGUCUGAUAUGAAAAGUGCUCUAUUCAACAACGUCUAUUAUCGUGACUAUGAAAUUGUUGAAAACAUUUUACGAGCUUUGAAUUCUUUGAUACAGUAUGUAUCAAACUUAUUUGUCAACUUGGAAAAGGAGUUUAACGCUGUGUUGGACACAUUUAAUAACCUCAAGGUGAAUAGUUUGUCGGAUAAAUGGGAAAGUUGUUUCGGGCUACUAGAAAAAAUUUCAUUUUCUUACACAGAUAAAUCAACCAAGCAGCAAAGAACGUUGAAUCUCUCUGAUCUUAUCAAUCUGGACCAAACUAUUGGUGCUUCAAAGAAGUCCAAAAUACUUUCAAAAAAAAUCAAUAAAUUUUUUGGAGAGCUCAGGUCUUUAGUUGAAAACGACAUCAUCAAGCAAAAGGAGAAUAUAAUAAAUGAGUAUGAGUCUUAUAAGGCACUAUAUCUAAAACCCGAGUGGGAAAUAUCAGAGAGAGAAACAAUGAUCAAAUCAAAAGACAUUUUUCUACAGUUAGAAAGUCAUGUGAAUGAAAUGACUAGUGACAGUGACAGAUUACCUUCUUUCGAGGAAUUGAUAACUACAUCCAGCCAACUAUCAACUUAUUUGUCACAAGAUGCAAUUAAAAAAAUUAUGUCUCUAGUUGGCCAGUAUAGAUCCCAGCGAGACAAUUAUGUUAAGCAAAUAACUAGUUUAGCAAAUGAAUUAUACGAGAUUCAACACAAGUACUCUGCUGUCCGAGAAGAGCUUCAAAAGAAAGUUGUAAGAUCAAUGCUUUUUGGAGUUGUUCAAAUUCAGUUGUCAAUACGGGAUGCGACCAAAUUACUGAACUCUGAACUAGCCUCCAAUAUUGAGCUUCUGCAAAAUAGUGAACUUCAACUAUCAUUAGUUGUAGAUCUACCAUUACUGUUUGGCAUUUGGGUUAUAGCCCUUUUGGGAAAUAUCAAAUAUGGUCUCUCAUUGAAAAAGAUUUCAAGAAAGUCAAAUGAAGUAUUUGAAAUGUUAAAUUAUAUCGAAAGAAACAAUCGAACCAAAUGGCACGAAGAGUUUAUUGAAGGUAUAGGAGUAGAGAAGGCGGACUCUAUCUUUUUGAGUGACAAUGAGUAUAAAAAUAAAUUUAUUCUAGAAAAUCUUUUCCAGUUUCAUCUGACUUCUGAUGACGGGGGUAAGAUCAACAGUACGCCCACAAUCAAGCGGCAAAGCUCAGAUACAAGCAAUUAUUUGGCCUCAUUCAAUAAAAUAAUUCAAAACUUUAAUGGGUUUCCGAAUAAAAGUCAUCAGCUUGACACUAUUCCGAGCUCUACUACGGUUUACAACGACUUACUGAAAAACUCGAGUAUUUCCUAUUUUGAGGGUUUGUUAACGUCUGUGACCAUGAAGGAUAUAAUGGAUUAUUUGAAGUGUCUUGAAAACUCAGAAUAUAAGACAAGUUUGUUGAAUCAGCUAAAAACUUAUAUGAAGGAUAUGGGACUUGAUGAACCUAUAAAACUUAAUACUAAUAAAGAAAAAAGUGUCCUUUACAAAUCUGGUAACAUUGAUGAUCUAGGUAGUUUUGAUUAUGAAGAUCAACAUUAUAUGAAAAUUUUCAAAAAGUUCAUCAAAAGUUUCGAGUCAAGUGGAGUUACCAUAGAGCUGAAAAUAGGAACACAAAAAGCAGAAAAACCACCCGUGGAUACCGGACUAGUAAGAAUUUAUGAAGAAAGAAUACAAAAACUUGAAAAUUUGUUACAUGAAAAAAGAUUUCAGCAGUUUAACAAUAGAUGGUCGCAAACCAAUUCUAAUACCCCUAUUGUCAACGUUGUUGAUAAUUCUGCAGAAGAGAAAAUUGUUGCCAGUUCAUCUGGAGUUCUAGGUAGAAAAACCAUCAAACUGCCCCCUAGUCACUACACUGAAAAAAUCCAACAGCUCGAAAGGGAAAAUCAAAGAUUGAAUCAAGAAGUUGAAGAGCUCAAAACAAGCCAGGUGGGUGAAGAAAUUACGAGGAUGAAGAGAGAAAUGGAGGUUAAUUUCCUUCAGGUCAAAAACUAUCAGGCCAAACUUGACGAUAAUGCUAGAAAUCUCGAAGAGAAGGAUAAACAUAUUGAAGGUCUGCAACAGCGAAUUGAGAAGCUUUUAGAGGAGAACAAGGGUCUUGAGAAUAAAAAUUAUAAACUAAAUUCGGACAUUACUGAACUAAAUAUUCUGAAUAAAGAUUUAUUGGAGAAUAUGUCGCAUAAAGAAAACGAGUUGAUGAGCGAAAACCAACUAAAUCAAAAGGAAAAAAACGAUCUUAAACUACGGAUUGAGGAAUUGCUUGACAUCAAAAAUCAAUAUGAUAGGGUAAUGGACAAAGUAAAAGACACCGAUGGUAUAAUAAACAAUGUUUUGUCAAUUUUAUCUUUUGCAUUCAACAAAUUACGUGAUCUCAGUAAACUCGUAUAUGGUGAUAUGGAAACAUUCUGUUUAAUUUUGGAGAUUAUGGGCUUGUUAUUAGUGGACGAAAAAAAUGGUAUGGAAAUCAAAAGGGUUAAAGGACUAAGGUAUACGAAAAAAGACUUAUUUUCGAAAAAGUCCAGCAUUGAUGAAGUGGAUGACGACAUGCUUUUUUUGGAAGUUGUUGCAUCAGACCUGAUUAACGAUUCGAGAAGUAAAUUAGAGUGGCUUCCGCAAAUGGAAGAAAAACUUGAGGAACUCAAAGGAUUUUCUUAUCAAAGCGAUAAAGUAGAGUUCGGGGAAAGUGAAAGUGUAGAAAAUACAAACGAAAAGCUACACUCUUCAAAAAUCAAAGAGAUCGAAGGAAUAUUUGAAUCACUCAAUAACUACGAUGUUAAGCUGAGAUCCGUAAUCGAAGUGUAUUCAGAAGCGGAUCUGGAAGAAAAAUAUAACGAGUUUAUCAAACAUACCUUGAUUGAGCAUGAUCUGAUUUUAGGGCGGGUGCAUAAACGUUUCGAGGAUGUCGAGUCUUUAGCCAGGAAGUUACAGAAGGAGAAAGUCAAGCUUAAGGGCGAGAUAAAGUCCCUUACUAAAAAAGUAUCUCAGCAGCUUGUUUUACGUAACUUUCAGAAUGGUGAUUUAGUACUCUUUCUCAAAACAUUAGUCCCGGUCACAGAAGGGGCCAACACCGAGGACGCGAAAAAGCAACCGUGGGCAGUAUUCAACAUCGGAUCUCCCAACUACUAUCUAAAAAGCAGCAUACUGAAAGAUCUUUCCAAGUUAGAAGAAAAAGAGUGGUUCGUUGGCAGAAUCAAGAACAUCGAAGAGUAUGCGAUAACUGAGGAAAACAAAGAUAGUAUAGACAAGAAUCCGUUCAAUCUAAAUGUCGGAACCAAGUGGUACUACGUGGAAACGAAAGAUGACUCUAUUGUGUGA